AUGCUAGGGGAUGGAAAUGAGGGAAUAUCUACAAUACCUGGAUUGAAUCAGAUACAAUUUGAAGGGUUUUGUAGGUUUAUUGAUCAGGGUUUGACAGAAGAACUUUCUAAGUUUCCAAAAAUCGAAGAUACAGAUCAAGAAAUCGAAUUUCAAUUAUUUGUGGAGACAUACCAAUUGAUAGAACCGUUGAUAAAGGAAAGGGAUGCUGUAUAUGAAUUACUCACGUAUUCCUCUGAAUUAUAUGUAUCCGCGGGAUUAAUUUGGAAAACCGGCAGGGAUAUGCAAGAACAAACAAUUUUUAUUGGAAACAUUCCUCUAAUGAAUUCCUUAGGAACUUUUAUAGUAAAUGGAAUAUAUAGAAUUUUGAUCAAUCAAAUAUUGCAAAGCCCUGGUAUUUAUUACCGGUCAGAAUUGGACUACAAUGGAAUUUCAGUGUAUACCGGUACUAUAAUAUCAGAUUGGGGAGGAAGAUCAGAAUUAGAGAUUGAUAUAAAAGCAAGGAUCUGGGCUCGUGUAAGUAGGAAACAAAAAAUAUCUAUUCUAGUUCUAUCAUCAGCUAUGGGUUCAAAUCUAAGAGAAAUUCUAGAGAAUGUUUCGUAUCCUGAAAUUUUUUUGUCUUUUCUGAACGAUAAGGAGAGAAAAAAAAUUGGGUCAAAAGAAAAUGCGAUUUUAGCAUUUUAUGAACAAUUUGCUUGUGUAGGUGGAGAUCCGGUAUUUUCUGAAUCCUUAUGUAAGGAAUUACAAAAAAAAUUCUUUCAACAAAGAUGUGAAUUAGGAAAAAUUGGUCGACGAAAUAUAAAUCAAAGGCUAAACCUUGAUAUACCCCAGAACAAUACAUUUUUGUUACCACGAGAUAUAUUGGAAGCCGCAGAUCAUUUGAUUGGGCUGAAAUUUGGAAUGGGCACAGUUGACGAUAUGAAUCAUUUGAAAAAUAAACGUAUUCGUUCUGUAGCAGAUCUUUUACAAGAUCAAUUUGGGUUAGCUCUGGUUCGUUUAGAAAACGCGGUUCGCGGAACUAUUGGUGGCGCAAUUCGACAUAAAUUGAUACCGACACCCCAAAAUUUGGUAACUUCAACUGCAUUAACAACUACUUUUGAGUCUUUUUUCGGUUUACACCCACUAUCUCAAGUUUUGGAUCGAACCAAUCCAUUGACACAAAUAGUUCAUGGGCGAAAGUUGAGCUAUUUGGGCCCUGGGGGCUUAACAGGUCGAACUGCUAGUUUUCGGAUACGAGAUAUCCAUUCCAGUCACUAUGGGCGUAUUUGCCCAAUUGAUACAUCGGAAGGAAUCAAUGUUGGACUUAUUGGAUCCUUAUCAAUUCAUGCGAAGAUCGGUCGUUGGGGAUCCCUAGAAAGCCCGUUUUAUGAAAUUUCUGAGAGAUCCACCGGGGUACGAAUGCUUUUUUUAUCCCCGGGUAGAGAUGAAUACUUUACGGUAGCAGCGGGAAAUUCGUUGGCGUUGAAUGGGGAUCUUCAGGAAGAGCAGGUUGUUCCAGCUCGAUACCGUCAAGACUUCUUGACUAUUGCGUGGGAAAAGGUUCAUCUUCGAAGUAUUUUUCCCUUCCAAUAUUUUUCUAUUGGAGCUUCCCUCAUUCCUUUUAUCGAACAUAAUGAUGCGAAUCGGGCUUUAAUGAGUUCGAAUAUGCAACGUCAAGCAGUUCCACUUUCUAGUUCCGAGAAAUGCAUUGUUGGAACCGGGUUGGAACGACAAGCAGCUCUAGAUUCAGGGGCUCUUUAUAUAGCCGAACGGGAGGGAAGGGUCGUUUAUACCGAUACGGACAAAAUAAUUUUAUCGGGUAAUGGGAGUACUCUAAGCAUUUCAUUAGGUCGGUAUCAACGCUCGAAUAAAAAUACUUGUAUGCACCAAAAAGCACAGGCUCCGCGGGGUAAAUGUAUUAAAAAGGGGCAAAUUUUAGCUGACGGUGCUGCUACCGUUGGCGGAGAACUUUCUUUGGGAAAAAGUGUAUUAGUAGCUUAUAUGCCGUGGGAGGGGUACAAUUAUGAAGAUGCAGUACUCAUUAGUGAACGUUUGGUAUAUGAAGAUAUUUAUACUUCUUUUCACAUACGGAAAUAUGAAAUUCAGACCCAUGUCACAAACCAAGGUCCUGAGAGGGUCACUAAUGAAAUACCCCAUUUAGAAGCCCAUUUACUACGUAAUUUAGACAAAAACGGAAUUGUGAUGUUGGGAUCUUGGGUAGAAACGGGUGAUAUUUUAGUAGGUAAAUUAACGCCUCAGGUGGUGAAAGAGUCGUCGUAUGCUCCAGAAGAUAGAUUGUUACGAGCUAUCCUUGGGAUUCAGGUAUCUACUUCAAAAGAAACGUGUCUAAAACUACCUAUAGGUGGUAGGGGUCGGGUUAUUGAUGUCAGAUGGAUCCAUAAGAAGGGGGGUUCUAGUUAUAAUCCAGAAACGAUUCGUGUAUAUAUUUCACAGAAACGCGACAUUAAGGUCGGAGAUAAGGUAGCUGGAAGACACGGAAAUAAGGGUAUUAUUUCCAAAAUUUUGCCCAGACAAGAUAUGCCUUAUUUGGAAGAUGGAAGGCCCGUUGAUAUGGUGUUUAACCCGCUAGGAGUACCUUCAAGGAUGAAUGUAGGACAGAUUUUUGAAUGUUCACUUGGGUUAGCCGGAAGCCUGCUAGACAGACAUUAUCGAAUAGCGCCUUUUGAUGAGCGAUAUGAACAAGAAGCUUCGAGAAAACUGGUGUUUUCUGAAUUAUAUCAAGCUAGUAAGCAAACAGCGAAUCCGUGGGUAUUUGAAGCUGAAUAUCCAGGAAAAAGCAGAAUAUUUGAUGGAAGGGCGGGGAAUCCUUUUGAACAACCCGUUUUAAUAGGAAAGCCUUAUAUCUUAAAAUUAAUUCAUCAAGUUGAUGAUAAAAUCCACGGCCGCUCAAGUGGACAUUAUGCACUUGUUACACAACAACCCCUUAGAGGAAGGGCAAAGCGGGGGGGACAGCGGGUAGGAGAAAUGGAGGUUUGGGCUCUCGAAGGGUUUGGUGUUGCUCAUAUUUUACAAGAAAUGCUUACUUAUAAAUCGGAUCAUAUUAGAGCUCGACAGGAAGUACUUGGUACUACAAUCGUUGGAGAAACAAUACCUAAACCCGAGGGUACUCCCGAAUCUUUUCGGUUACUUGUUCGAGAACUACGAUCUUUAGCUCUGGAACUGAAUCAUUUCCUUGUAUCUGAGAAAAACUUCCAGAUUCAUAGGAAGGAAGCUUAA